AGCAGGAUCUUCAUGGUAGGGAGUGAAAACAAGACUUGAAUACUCCUUGGGAAUUCUGGGAGUUGAGAAGUACUGGCUGCACGUAACUGCUGACCUAGGCACUCACGGAAUCUGGAUAUAAGGUGUCGCUUGACCUACUGUUUGGAGAAGAUCCCCAAGGAACACGGAAAGGGAAGACGUCUCCCAACUUCCUGAGGAUCACCCAGAUCCAGUAUUGUUCCCAGCCAGGUGGACUGGCAAACUCAAGCGAGUCCCCAGGUUCCGGACGCUGCCUCCACUUCUGAAAGGUUUCGGAAAUCCCUUGUCUCCAGGUUGCUGGAAUUCACUGGCUCCACUGAAUCACUCAGUGGAGACAACGAGAACUAAUGCUUUGUGCUGACUCAUAUUUGAACCAAAGCAUUGGGGAGUCCGUCUGCCUUUUUGUGGAAAGGACCGGUGAUACUCUCUAUCACUGAGCUUCCUAAGACUUCUGAAGAUAGGGCGUUAGAGGAAUAUACACUUUCUUUGGAGCUUUUAUAACAGACAUUUGCUCUAGUUUUGAAGCCCAGGGCUGCUUGCGGUGUGAGUGACAAGUCUUAUAAGUGGCCUUAUUCCAACUCCAGGAAUUCCUCAGCCGGAUUCUGACUUUAGAUAAAGUGACAGGAAACAUGCCAACUCAAUCCCUCUUAGUCUAUAUGGAUGGACCGGAAGUUAUUGGCAGUCCUCUUGGCACCCAAAUGGAGCUGGACGAUGCCAUGUCCCUGAAAGGCACCACUGCUGUCCCUUUCAGAGCCACCCAGGAGAAAAGUACAAUCCACAUAGAAGGACACACGCCCCUGGACUGCAUGUUCUGCAGUCAGACCUUCGCACACUCGGAAGACCUUAAUAAACACGUCUUAAUGCAGCACCGGCCCACCCUUUGUGAGCCCGCAGUUUUGCGUGUGGAAGCAGAGUACCUUAGUCCUCUUGAUAAAAGCCAAGUGAGAACAGAACCUCCCAAGGACAAGAAUGGCAAAGAAAGUGAAGAAUUGAGCUGUGAAGUGUGCGGGCAGACGUUCAGAGUCGCUUUCGACGUUGAGAUCCACAUGAAGAAACACAAGGACUCCUUCACGUACGGGUGUAACGUGUGCGGACGGCGGUUCAAGGAGCCCUGGUUUCUGAAGAACCACAUGCGGACACACAACGGCAAGUCUGGGGCCAAGGGCAAGCUGCAGCCGGGCUCCGAGAGCCCGGUCACAAUCAACGAGGUGGUCCAAGAGCACGCCGCCGAGAGCAUCUCCUCUCCUUACAAAAUCUGCAUGGUUUGUGGCUUCCUAUUUCCAAAUAAAGAAAGUCUAAUAGAUCACAGGAAGAUGCACACCAAAGAAACGGCUUCCGGUAGCAGCAGCACCCAAACAGACUCUCAGCAGGAGGGGAUGCCGGCCCCGGGAGAGGAGUUCCUGCAGUUCUUAAACUUGAGACCAAAAGUGCCCCCUGAAAGCGGGAGGCAGCCCGCCAGAUGGAUACCUCAGCUCGAUCCGUUCACCACCUACCAGGCCUGGCAGCUGGCCACCAAGGGCAAGGUCGCCGUCUGCCGAGAAGUGAAGGAGCAGCCGGGACAGGAAGGCAGCACCGACAACGACGAUUCGGACAAAGAAGAGCUUGGAGAGAUUUGGACCGUGAGUAAAAGCCAUUCUGAGGGUUCUGGAAAGUCCAAAACCAGUAGGAGCGGUUGUCCGGGCCUCUCCCAGGAUAAGGAGAAGCCCAGACACGCCAAUGGUGAAGUGCCUUCCGGGGAUGCGGACCCCAAGCUGUCGAGUAACAAGGAGAAGCCCACGCACUGCUCUGAGUGUGGCAAAGCUUUCCGGACCUACCACCAGCUGGUCCUGCACUCGCGAGUCCACAAGAAGGACAGGAGGGUGGACGCCGAGUCGCCAACCAUGUCAGUCGAUGGCAGGCAGCCGAGGAUGGGUUCUCCGGACCCGACCACCACCCUGGACGAGAACGGGGCCAUUGAUCGCGAAGGUGGUUCUGAAGAUGGAUCUGAGGACGGGCUUCCCGAAGGGUUCCACUUGGAUAAAAAUGAUGAUGGAGGCAAAAUAAAACAUCUUACAUCCUCAAGAGAAUGUAGUUAUUGUGGAAAGUUUUUCCGUUCAAAUUAUUACCUCAAUAUUCAUCUCAGAACGCAUACAGGUGAAAAACCGUACAAAUGUGAAUUUUGUGACUAUGCUGCAGCCCAGAAGACUUCUCUGCGGUAUCACUUGGAAAGACAUCACAAAGAUAAGCAGGUUGACAUUGCUGCUGAAGUGAAGAGCGAUGGGAAAAACCUGGAGACGGAAGAUGCACUACUAACCGCCGACAGUGCGCAAACCAAAAAUUUGAAAAGAUUUUUUGAUGGUGCCAAAGAUGCUAAAGGCAGCCCACCUGCAAAGCAACUUAAGGGGGUGGCCCCUGCUUUCCAGAAUGUUCUGGGCAGCGCUGUCCUUUCACACGUACACAAAGAUACUCAGGAGUUCAAUAAAAAUGCAACUGAAGACAGUGCUGAUAGAAUGAGCAGAAAUCCUGCCCCUGCCUAUUUGGACACAUUAAAGAAGAGACCAGCAGGUGAACCUCAGGCCAGUAACCUCAUGUGCAGAACGGAAGUGGAUGUCAGUGCUCACCCAGGUGGCAGUACCACCGCCCAUAAUGCUGAAGUCGGCCACAAAGAGAAGGUGGAGGUGGCAGUGGACUGCAAAUUCAAGCCCAGUGUGGACUGUCAAGAAAAACCUUUAAAUUUAUCCGUAGGGGCGCUUCACAGUUGCCCAGCAAUUUCUUUGAGUAAAAGUUUAAUCCCAAGUAUCACCUGUCCAUUUUGUACCUUCAAGACGUUUUAUCCAGAAGUUUUAAUGAUGCACCAGAGACUGGAGCAUAAAUACAACCCUGACAUUCACAAGAACUGUAGAAGCAAGUCUUGGCUGAGAAGUAGACGGACUGGAUGCCCGCCAGCUUUACUGGGAAAAGACGUGCCUCCCUUAUCCGGUUUGCCCAAGCCCAAGCCCCGGCCAGCGUUCGCAGCCCCGUCCAAGUGCCUGCAGCCGGACAAGGGGAAGCAGGGGCCCCCAGGGCCAGGCAAAGCCUCUCUGACUUCAGGGACUGACUCGAGCACUUUAGCCCCCAGUAACCUGAAGUCGCACAGGCCACAGCAGAGCACUGGGGCGCAGGGGGCUCCGGCAGCCAGGCAGCAGCCGCCUGAGAUGUUUCCUAAAAGCGGUGCUUGUCCUGCCCCGGAGAAAACAAAGAGGCCGGAGGCCAAGCUCAGAGCCCCGGCGCCCACCGCAGGCGGCAGCUCCAUCAACGGCGCUGCCGACUUCCCGGCCAAGCACGACGGCCCGUGGGCGCCCCCGGGACGAGACUAUUUCUGUAGCCGGGGUGCAGGCAGCGCCGGCCCGGAGUUCGGAGAGCCGCUCCCCAAAAGGCCGAAACCCGGGCCGGCGGCCCUGGACACCGAGCAGCCCGGGCCCAACUACAGAAGGAGCUUCGACCUGCCCAAGUACCACGUGGUCCGAGGGAUCACGUCGCUGCUGCCGCAGGAGUACGCGUGCCCGCCGCCCGCGGUGCUGCCCCCCAAGCCCCGCUUCCUGGCUUCUGGGGAGAUCGACUCUGCCAACGUGCUGACGGUGCACAAGCCCUACGGCGGGGCCGGGCAGCUGUACGGGUGCGGGCCUGCCGGCGGCCAGGCUGCGGGCGCGGCGCUGGAAGGAAAAAGGCCUGUGUCGUAUCAACACUUAUCUAGCAACAUGCUACAAAAGAGAAACUAUGAGAAUUUUAUUGGGCAUCCACAUUAUCGACCAAAUGACAAAAAAACUUGAUUUCCUAUUUUGGGGAAGACAGGUCUUGAUGGAUGUGUGUACUCUCCGUGAAAUUGUUAAGUUCAUCCUUUGAGAAAGCAAACGGUGAAAGCUACUGAAAUAAGCUGUGAUUGUACUGUGUAUACAACAUACAAGAACACUACAGUUUUGUAAAGUUGUUCUGGAAACUUUUGUACCAAAUAGCAAUAAAAAACUAGAUUUGGAACAGUUGGGUUAUACACAAAUAGAGACUGCAAAUCUCUAUUUUGUCCCUGAAUAAUAUUUUUUUUUAGAAUUGACCAAAUAAGAAAUAGAGGUUUUUUGCAUACUUGAGCGCUGCUGAAAAGAAAUCAUUUGGGUUGGGGGGUGGGGUGGGGAGAAAGUAUAUAAUGCUUGCACCUCAGGUAAAAAUCUGUAAAUAUAUAAGUUGUAAACCUGCUCGUUUAAAUACCAUGUGUGCUCUUUUUCUCUGAUGUAGCUCAUCACUUUGAGCUGUUUCUGCUUUUUUGUGCUCUCAUUUAAAAUGUAUGUUUUUUUAAAAAAAUUUCGCAAUGAUUUGUAUCAUGUUAAAUCGUCCGCAGUCUCUUGUCUUAAAAUCGUAAUGGAAGUAGUAACCCUCUGUACUUGCUGCGUAUAUUGGGGUUAGCCAUUCGGAAUUAGGUGCCCCUUUUGUUGGAAAUCUCAGCAUGUCAGCUGAGGAAGGGUCCAGAGCCAUCGUCCUUUGCUGCGGGAGGGGGGUCGUUCAUGGGAUUUCUAAGUGCGUGUGUCUGCAGGGGAGCGUUUCCUCAGUAGAGCAGCCAGCUAGCCAGUAAACAUACCAAAUUGUAUGUGGAGUUGCUUAAGUUAGUUUCCUAUCAAAUUAAUCAUUUUUGUUGGAAAAUUCAAUGUUUGGGCAUUUGCCUAAAUGAGUAGAUUAAAAAAAAUAAACUCAGUGAUACAUGUGAGUUGCAUAUGUUGGAAGCAAUUUUAAAGGAAAAUGCAAGUUUUGGGGUCAAUUUUAGGUUUGUAUCUGGAGUCUUGGUGUGUCUGCAUUUGAGUUAACCGUGGACAUGUUCAAGUGACUUGCAGACACAUUGGUUCUGAGUAAGGAACUGCUGGCUGAGCCUUCUGGGAAUCGGGGAAGAGGUACUCUGUGUCUAGACCUCAGUUGUCUUCUCAUUUGGGGCUGUUUUGAAGCAUUUUCUCAGUACACAUGCAAUUUGGGUUUUAAAGAGAGGAGAGCCCCCAGUGGGUUUAGUGGGCGUUUUAAACUUUUGUUCCUUCAAUUUGCUGUAAUCGCUGAGUGUCUUCAACAGUCCCUGCGUUUAGUAACCACAAAAUAUUUUACUAAGAAAACUUGCAAAAGUAAAUUUGCACUGUUAAUUUUUCUUGUCCUGCCCUUCUCCACUAGAGCAAGGGUAAAGUCCUAAAAGAAUCCUAAUAUUUUCUUUUUUCUGUUGUUUUGUUUUCAUUAUGCAACAUGAAGCGUACUUGAUAGAUAAGUCUUAACUCCCGCCUGGCAGGGAGAGCGAAUCUGAGGGCAGUCUGCUGGCAUUGCAAUGAAGUGCUUUGUAUCAGGAAAGUGUACACUAUUAACCUGUUUUCCUGUUCACAAGCUGAGCCAUAUGUACAUAACCUAGAUUUUUGUUUUCAUAGUUUUGCACUUUUAUAGCGUAUUUUUGAAGAUUAACACAUUCGCAAGAUGAUAGACUUGAUCGUUGCCUAACGCAAUGAGUGUUACAGAAAGCUUGCUCCUGACUAUAAAUGUAAAUCUUAAAAGGGGAUAUGUGAUAAUAGAGGACUGAGAUUUAAACCUGUAUUUAAAAAAAAAAAAAAAUCAAAAAAAAAAAUCACCAAAUCUAUUUGAAAACAAGUCAGUUCACGUUAUGCUGAAAUUUGGGGGUGGGGGGGGCUUUCAUAUUUUUACUUUCUUACCACAUUUCUGAAUGCAUAAAAAGACCAGUUUUUCCAUAGCCCUUGUACUCUAAAAUAAGUUUUUUGUUUUGUUUUUUUGUCCAUCAGUAUUAACUAUUGGAAUACUACUGGUUUUGUAUGUUUUUUUUUUCUUUGAGACAACAGUACAUGUAAUAGAGGUACAAUCUGUUGGAUUUUUGUUUAUGUAUUUAUUUCAUUCCAGUUUGAUUUAUUUUAAUUGUUGAUACUUAUGUUGUCAAACAGUAGACAUUACUUGUUUUAUUUAUGAUAUAUUUCAGCUUAAAGUUAUGUUAUUAUAUGU